CCCACAAGAAAAUGUUUGUAAGGUGGAGGAGGACGGGGUUUUCAGUGACCAGCACCUGGAUAACCUGGAGAGGAUCUGCAGCCCGGACCAGGAGGAACCAGGGCAUCCACAGACUACAGAACUGGAGGAAGACUCCGGCCGUCAGGAGAUGAAGCACGAGGACGUAGAGGUGGAUGUCUCAUUGGUCAAUGUCGCUGAUGUGAAAGUUGAAAAUGAUGAACCAGGACCAAACUGUGGCCAGCUGCUGUUGCACACUUCUCCUGAAGCUCAAAACAAAGAUGAGGAAGGGACUGAAAGUUUACGCUCAGACUCCAGUAAAACUGCAGAUCCGGAGCCAAUGAGACGAUACGGUGACCACGAAGAUGCUGCUGUCCCGUCAGACAGCAACUGUAAAUCAAAGCUGACCAGGACCCACACGGGGAAGAAGGUAUUUUCUUGCAGCACUUGCAGGAAAGAGUUCAGUAAAAGUAGUAAUUUAAUGGAUCACGUGAAGAUCCACACUGGCGAAAGGCCGUACCUGUGCAACACCUGCGGAAAAUCGUUUACCCAAUCAUCAGAUCUUAAACGCCACAUAACCACGCACACGGGCGAGAAGCCCUACAUCUGCAAAACAUGUGGUAAAAGUUACAGGCUACGUUCCCACCUGGUGGUUCACUCGAGGACCCACACGGGCGAGAAGCCGUACCUGUGCAACACCUGCGGAAAAACCUUUACUCAGUCAUCAAUUCUUAAACGGCACAUAACCACACACACAUAG